CAAACUGUUGUGGUUAGCGUCCAGACACCCAGCAGCCUGUGUGUGUAUUGUUUACGUUGGGAGAGGAUUGUCUGAGCUAGUCCAAGAUGCGAGCAGCUUUAUUUAUCCUGGUGGUCUCCUUUGGCAGCUGCGCCCCAAAGGUACUUGACUAUGCUCCUCCCCUCCCUAAUGCCUUCGCACCAGCAGCCAACCUGAACGCCGGCGCCGCUCAGAGGCCGGAAACGAUCACGGUCACCCAAACCGCUACAGUCGAUCGUUCCGUCGUUGUUACGGAUCGAGAGUACAACAUCGUUCCCGUCACCAUCACCGACUACGCGCUCUGGACGUCCACGCAGCCCCGAUAUGCCUUUGUGCAAACUCCCGUGGAUGAUCACGUGGCCAUCCAGACUAGGGUAGUGGCAAAGCCCUUGACCUUAACCGUCGUUAACACCGUGUCAAACAUUGGAGUCGUGACAGACGUCCUGGUCGAGUACUACACCAUCACGCACACCUGCUAUCACGUCAUGCAGUCGACCUACACCAGGACAGCCAGGCAGACGAUUGCUUUCUCCGCUGAUUUGGUGAGGACCGUUGUCAGGACCUCCGCGCAUACAGUGACCGACUACCGUACCGUCUACAACACCGUGUUCGUGGGAGGGAGAUAUCGUUAUUAAAUAAAGCUCUAUCGAAUAAG